AUGUCAGAUGCAUUGGUGUAUCACCCGGUGGGCGUGGGUCAUGUCCGAAUUCUCCGUUUUGGCAAUCGGACCUCCUCGGGUGAUAUCUCAGGAAACCUCAUAGACAUCAAUCUCGAAGAUGCUCCACCGUAUUUUACGCUCAGUUACUGCUGGGGAACCGAACCAAGCGAUACCGAGAUUCAGAUAAACGACUCUCUAUUUCAUGUGAGCCACAGUCUAGCUGCGGCUAUUCGGCGCCUCCAAGAGCUGGGCAGUGAUGACGAGGCUGCAGUGUGCGACAUUGACGUCAAAUGGGUAUGGAUUGAUAAGAUUUGUAUCAAUCAGAACGAUCCUAAGGAACGAAGCCAACAAGUACAUCUAAUGGGGUCUAUCUUUUCCAAGGCAGUCAGGACUCUGAUAUGGCUUGGGACGGACUUUGACUUGUGCUUACCAGCAUGGAAUCUGGUUGACCAAAUCUUCGACGUAUUCCGUCGUGAAAACCCUCUUGCCAAUGGUAUUGCCGAUAUUCCUUUCGGUAUCUACUCCACUACAAGCCAUACAGCUUACGGAUUACCUUACUGGGACGAUGACUUGUGGAAACAAUUAAGACGGCUUUUGGAGCGCCCAUGGUUUAUACGGGUAUGGGUGAUUCAGGAGGUAGUACUGUCUCGGGAUGAUCCCCUGAUACUCCAUGGGCAGAAGAUAUAUCCGUGGCAGCGACUAGCAUGGGUUGCUUCUUGGCUCCGACGAAGCGGUUAUCUUCGUCUCGAUCAGGUGCCCAAUCAGAUGCUGAAUGUCGAUAUGAUAUCGAACAUCCGCCGGUCCAAGAGACCUUGGAAUCUCGAUGCCCUUCUGGUUGCGACCUCUGUGAAAACGCAAGCAACGGAUCCGAGAGAUAAGGUGUAUGGGCUCCUGGGCUUGGCUGCUGAGUGUCAAAGCCCAGAAGAGAUACCCUUUGAGCUGCGCGUGAACUAUACAUUGCCAGUCUCGCAAGUAUAUGAGCGGGUCGCGAGAUUUCUGCUCCAUAAAUACCAAUCGCUGGCCAUCCUUACGAGGGUAAGGGGUUUGGAAGGUGACAUAUGCCAUAAACAGCGGAAACACGACUUGAGUAUGUUACCAUCAUGGGUUCCUGACUGGAGCGACUUUACAGUACCUGAAAGGGAGGUUGCUAAAAGCUUCUCAUGGAUAUACCAUGGCCAAAACUCAGAGCCCGAUAAACUAGGGUAUCCGGAUCACUUCAAAUCGUCCGGCAAUUUGGUUUCCAAGUUCAAAUCUGCUGGUCGGCUGGCACUAUUUGUUGGUAUCAUGGCUGAUGAUAUCAUCAACGCGAUUCCGUUCGGGACCAGCCCCGGGCCAGCAAAGAUGGAAAGCCCACAGGAAAAGUCAUGCAUGAUUGCCUUUCUGAAAUUAGCGUCAUCAGUUGAAAAGAACAGCGACAAGGACUGGAUAGAAUGCUUUAUUAGGGCUACAACAGCUAAUCAGUGUCAGAUUAGUGGAAGAAGCGAAGAACAGUUAUUAAGAGAUGGCUCUGCAUAUAUUCUUCAUCUGAUCCGAGACGCAGAGCUGGAGGUUUCUACCUGGCACCACCAUAAUAUCAUUUCAAGCCUCGUCUCCUCAUCCGUUGGCGGCGAUCCUUCCUCAUACAUGACGUUAGCAAGGAACUUUUGCUUCAACAGACAGUUCUUUGUGACGUCUGGCCAUCGUAUGGGGAUCGGGCCCUCUGGAGUUCGGCCAGGAGACUGCGUUGCGGUGAUAUUCGGAGGAGGAGUGCCAUAUGCUGUAAGAAGACGAAAUGAGGGGUUUUAUUUUGUCGGAGAGUCCUAUGUCCACGGGCUUAUGAAUGGCGAGGCGAUACAGGCGUGGAAGAAAGGAGAAUUUCGUCUAGAUAGUAUAGAUCUUUACUAAAGAGAUUGCCAUGCCUUUCACUAGAGC